UUAAAUGCUUAUAUGUAUAUGGCUAGUUUAUUAAUAUAGCCGAUUUAUGAGAAUGACUUCGGGGUGGGAGUCAAAAUUUGUUCAAUCCCUCAAAUUAAAUAGGACGCAAUUUGUUAUGAAUCGUCGAUCCAAAUGGCUCUGGAUAGAACCCAUAACAGGGUCUCGAAAAAUAAGCAAUUUUUUUUUUGCUUGUCUCCUCUUUUUGGGUUCACUAGGAUUUUUUGUGGUCGGAAUUUCAAGUUAUCUUGGUAGGAACCUGAUACCCUUAUUGUCAUCUCAGCAAAUACUUUUUGUGCCACAAGGAAUUGUGAUGUGUUUUUAUGGGAUUGCAGGUCUGUUCAUUAGCUCUUAUUUGUGGUGCACUAUUUUGUGCAAUGUGGGUAGUGGCUAUAAUAAGUUUGAUGAAAAAGAAGAAGUUGUAUGCCUUUUUCGCUGGGGAUUUCCCGGAAGAAAUCGUCGUAUUUUCCUUCAAUUUCGUAUGAAGGAUAUUCAGGCAAUCAAAAUGGAAGUUCAAGAAGGUCUUUUUCCUCGUCGUGUUCUUUAUAUGGAAAUAAAGGGCCAACAAGACAUCCCCUUAACUCGUACUGAAGAAAAUUUGACCCUGCGUGAAAUGGAACAGAAAGCUGCCGAAUUAGCCUGUUUUUUGCGCGUAUCCAUUGAAGGAUUUUGAAAUGAGGGGGGAAAGUCUUCUUAAUAUACAAAUUGAUAGAUCUCGUAUCAGUAGAUACCAGAAAAAGUUUUGACAUAACAUUUGUCUGGGGGGAAAGACCAUAUAGCCAGUAUAUUUCCACCAACACGAAAUGUUACUUAUGGAACCAUACCGAUAUUCUUUGGCAGUUCGCAAACACUCCAUAUCAUUCUUUAUCUAUUAGAAAACACGGGUAUAAUAUCUUAAAAGAAUACAAUGAAGUAGAUGACUAUUGUUUUUUACACCUUUUUUCACAUAU